UUUUCCCAUCAUCCCUUCCCCUCCAAUUUCCUCUCACAUCCAUCCGACUCCCAUUAGAUCACUUACUUAUCGCUGCAGUUACAGAUCCGGCUGUUGCUUACUUUGCUGCUGCUACUAUUAUUAUCUACAUCUCUUUCACCACCGCUCGCUCGCUGCUACUCUUCAGAUCCGUUUCUACCAUCACCAGAAACAUGACAACAACAAUCGCCAAGUUUGCUCACUUACAGAUCCCACUUGAAGACGUAGUAAAGGCCACCGACAACUUUCAUCAUGAUAACAUCAUCGGACGCGGUGGAUUGGGACAUGUAUACAAAGGACAACUCCAGCAGUCCGGGGAGUUGAUCACGAUUUCUGCGCUGAGGUUAGAUCGUAAGCACGGUGGAGGAGUCGUCGAGUUCUGGACCGAACUUUCAAUGCUUUCUGAUCUCAAGCAUCCAAAUAUAGUCUCUAUUGUCGGAUUUUGUGACGAAAAGCAUGAGAAGAUCAUUGUGACCACGUAUGAGGCCAAAAAUGGAAGCCUCAAAGAGCAUCUGAACAGCCCGAACCUCACGUGGACGCAAAGAUUGAAGAUAUGUGUUGGCGUGGCUCGUGCUUUGAGUUACCUCCAUUAUGACGAGGGACGUGGUUAUGGUGUUAUACAUCUUAACGUAAACAGCUCCACAAUUUUAUUAGACGAGAACUGGGAACCCAAGUUAUCCGGUUUUAAAGUUUCCAUCAAACAAUCACUUAACCGAAUGGACCAGGUCGUCCUUUCUGAACCUAUUGGUACAAUAGGGUAUAUUGACCCAGAAAUUGGAAAGACCAAAGGUGUGACCUGCAAAUCGGAUAUCUACGCAUUCGGUGUUGUUUUAUUCGAGAUAUUGUGUGGGAGAAUAGCAUAUAUUAGGAAUGAUGCUAAUAGGUUACUAGCUCCAUUGGUCAUGCAACAUUAUGAAAACGAAACGUUGCCGGAUAUAAUCCAUCCCGAUCUAAAGAAUCAAAUGUCCGGAUACCAAAUAUCCGUAAGAUCACUCAUAAUAUACUCGGAAACGGCAUAUUCUUGCCUAAAGGAAGAGCGAUCACAUCGCCCAUAUAUGCUCAAUAUUGUUAACAGACUUGAAAAAGCAUUGGAGAAAGCAUUGAAGUUUCAACCACGACUUGAAUAUUUUGUAAGACCUUUUUUGUUUUUUUGUUUUUCUUUAGGCCUUUAGCUUUAUUUUCAUUUGUUCUUAAGUAGGUUAAAACCUGUGUAAUACACAGACAUGGGCUGCAUAAUUAAUUUAUAUAAGUUAUAAGUCUAUAUGUAAUCAAAUUUAUAA